AUGCCAAUUCUAAAACGAGAGCCUUCGGAAAAUACAGUGGAUGGAGAUGGUCUGCCGAAGCUUCCUCUGCCUGAACUCCAGGCCACGUUGGACACGUACCUGAGGUGCAUGAGACAUCUGCUCUCUGAGGAGCAAUUCAACAAGACCCAGAAGAUAGUGACGCAGUUUGAAGCUCCCGGAGGAGCAGGAGAGCUGCUGCAGAGCAAACUCCUGGAGAGGAGGGAGAAGAAGGCGAACUGGGUUUAUGACUACUGGCUGAACGACAUGUACCUGAGCAACAGGCUGGCUUUGCCCAUCAACUCCAGUCCUGCCAUGGUGUUUCCACCACAGAGCUUCAGAGCACCGAUUGACUCGUUAAGGUUUGCUGCACAUUUAAUUUCAGGAGUUCUGGAGUACAAGACUCUACUUGAUGCUCACGCCCUGCCUGUGGAUUAUGCUCGGGGCCAGCUAGCUGGAACCCCUCUGUGUAUGGAGCAGUAUUAUCGACUCUUCACAUCCUACCGCCUGCCAGGCUCUGAGAGGGACACGCUCGUAGCCCAGGAGAGCACCGUGAUGCCAGAACCUGAACACAUCAUUGUGGCUUGUAAAAACCAGUUCUUUGUUCUCGACGUGGUGAUCAACUUCCGUCGACUCAAUGAAAGAGACCUGCUGACUCAGCUGCAGAAGAUUGUGAAGAUGGCUGACAGUGAGGACGAGCGUCUCCCAUCUGUAGGUCUCCUCACUUCAGACGGACGGACGGAGUGGGCCAAGGCUCGGAGUGUACUGAUGAGAGAAUCAACCAACAGGGACUCCCUGGACAUGAUCGAGCGCUGUCUGUGUCUGGUCUGUCUGGACGAAGCGAGCGGUUUUCUGCUAAGUGACACCACCUGUGCCACGAUGAUGCUGCACGGAGGUGGAGCGACCAAGAACGGAGGCAACCGUUGGUACGACAAGCCGAUGCAGUUUGUAAUAGGAGCUGAUGGCUGCUGUGGGGUCGUGUGUGAGCAUUCACCUUUCGAAGGGAUUGUUCUUGUGCAGUGCACAGAGUAUCUCCUUAAAUACAUGAUUGGCAGCCCAUCAAAGCUAGUCAGAGCUGCGAGUGUGAGCGAACUGCCUGCACCUCGAAGACUCCGCUGGAAAUGCACUCCAGAGAUCCUCAAACUCAUCUCCGCCUCUGAUGAGAAACUCGAGAGACUGGUGAAAAAUCUGGACAUGUAUGUCCACAAGUUCUACGACUACGGAAAAGAGUUCAUCAAGAAGCAGAAAAUGAGCCCAGACGCUUACAUCCAGGUUGCACUGCAGUUGGCAUUCUACCGGUGUCAUGGCAGACCAGUGUCGACCUACGAGAGCGCUUCUAUACGUCGUUUCUGCCAAGGCCGAGUAGACAACAUUCGCUCAUCCACACCCGAAGCCUUGGCUUUUGUAAAAGCAAUGACUGAUGGGAAGCUCAGUUCAAGUGUAAGAUGUUUUAUUACUGAUGCUACACUUGACACAGAGAAGAUGGAGAUGUUACACGGUGCCAUAAAUGCACAAACAGAAUAUACUAUUCAGGCAAUCACAGGGAUGGCAAUAGACAAUCACCUUCUGGGAUUACGGGAAAUCGCACGCGAACUUAAAACAGAGAAGCCAGAAAUCUUCAAAGAUGAGGCCUAUCUGAUCAGUAAUCAGUUUAUUCUCUCUACAAGUCAGGUUCCGACCACUGUGGAGAUGUUCUGUUGUUAUGGACCGGUGGUUCCAAAUGGAUACGGAGCGUGCUAUAACCCUCAGUCAGAUCACAUAAUCUUCUCAGUGUCCAGUUUCCACGAGAGCUCUCAGACAAGUUCGGCAGAAUUUGUAAAGUGCUUGGUGCAGGGUCUCAAGGACAUGAGAGAUCUGUGCAAUAAAUGUAACUGUGGCUCUAAGUCAACCGAGCAAAGACACGGUUCGAAGCUGGAGAUGCACACACAGAUGAAAACACAACAGAGAGCAGCUGACUCCAGUAAGAGUCAGCAAACAAUCCCGCAGGUUCUGGUGAAGAGUCCAGAACAAACCAACAUGGACGCACAAACCCAGACCUCAACAAAAGGCAAGAACAUUAAAGAAUGGAAUUAA